UUUUAUUACAUAAUGGUGGAUGGUCGCCUUUAGAUAGCAGGUAUACGACCGCUUGCGGAGAAGAAGAUAAACGCAUACACAAACAUAACCCACAAUUUAUUUUGAAAUCUCCACGUGUUUUGGUAACACCACGACCACGAUGUCUGAAGCUGGGGAUUCGUUUAUUAAAGAGAAAAAGAAGAAGAAAGUUAAGGGAGACAAACUAGGAGAACUUCAGCUGAAAGGCGAUUUUAAAGUUGAUCCGUCGGAAAUCUCUGGAAAGCUCGACACGUCGCAAUGGCCACUUUUACUGAAGUAUUUUGACAGAUUAAAUGUUAGGACAAACCACUAUGUACCCAUUGCAUGUGGUGCGUCGCCGCUCAAAAGAGAAAUCGGAGAAUACAUUAAAUCUGGCUACAUAAACCUGGAUAAACCUAGUAAUCCUAGCAGUCAUGAAGUUGUGGCUUGGAUUAAAAGGAUACUUAAGGUGGAAAAAACUGGCCACUCAGGCACACUUGACCCCAAAGUAACAGGUUGCUUAAUAGUAUGCAUAGAAAGAGCCACCCGACUUGUUAAGUCUCAACAAGCAGCUGGUAAAGAGUAUGUUGCAGUAUUCAAGCUACACUCUCCACCAGAAGGUGGGGUCUCCAGUGUAAUUCAAGGAUUGGAGAAGCUUAAAGGCGCCCUGUUCCAAAGGCCUCCCCUCAUUUCAGCUGUCAAGAGGCAACUACGUGUGAGGACAGUUUAUGACAGUAAACUGUUUGAUUAUGAUGAAAACAGAAAUAUGGGUGUAUUUUGGGUAAAAUGUGAAGCAGGUUCCUAUAUUCGUACAAUGUGCGUCCAUUUGGGUCUAGUGUUGGCCGUCGGCGGUCAAAUGUUGGAGCUCAGACGUGUGAGGUCUGGUAUUCAGUCGGAGAUGGAUAAUAUUUCGACCAUGCACGACGUCCUCGACGCCCAAUGGAUGUACGAGAAUCACAAAGACGAAAGUUACCUCAGGCGUGUUAUUAAACCUCUGGAAGGUCUUUUAGUUAAACACAAGAGGAUAAUUAUGAAGGACAGUUCCGUAAAUGCCGUAUGUUACGGUGCAAAGAUUCUAUUGCCGGGUAUUUUACGUUACGAGGACGGCAUUGAAUUGAACGAGGAAAUUGUCAUUGUGACGACCAAGGGAGAAGCAGUGGCUUUGGCCGUUGCACAGAUGACCACCGCCACAAUUGCCAGUUGCGAUCACGGCGUUGUGGCUAAAAUCAAGCGGGUAAUCAUGGAGAGAGACACGUAUCCUAGGAAGUGGGGCUUGGGACAGAGAGCAACACAGAAAAAGAUGUUGAUAGCCAAGGGACAACUGGACAAAUAUGGCAAACCAAAUGACCAGACGCCAAAGGAAUGGCUGAACAGCUUUGUGGACUACUCCGUAAAGAAGGAGCCAACAAAUGAUAACAGUGCGGACGUUCAGGACGAGGACGAAUCUAAAAAGCGGAAGUUAAGUACGUCAUUGGCUGACACUUCCACUGCCUCUGUAGAUACCAGCGUUAAGGAGAAGAAGAAGAAAAAGAGGAAGACGGAAGAUGAGGACAUUACUGAAACGGUUGAAGCUGAGAGUGAAGAAACUCCCAAGAAAGAAAAGAAGAAAAAGAAGAAGAAGGAUAAGCAAAAAGAUGAAGAGCAAGAUGAUUAAUAUUUCUGUUAAUCAUAUAUAUUUUUUCAUUUAUAUUAUUGAUAGUAAAAUUUUUAUAUUCAAAAAAGUUAAUGAUGAAUGUAAUUGGUUCAUAAUAUUUUAUGAAUGUCAUUGAUUAAAAUACAAAAUUUA